AUGGCCUCGUCUAAACAAGCGAAGAAAAUAUUCAAUCAAGGAAGGAAAAUAGCUACUUCAGCGACAAACAAACGCUCACGGCCCGUUUCUGAGGGUGAUGUUCGAGUGCAAGACACUGAUGAUAGUCAAGAAGAAAUUCUUCACCACCGAAGUACAUACCACGAAGGUAAACGCGACAAACGACAGCAAUUUGUACGACCUAAUGCAUUCUUGAGUUUUAGAAUUACGAAUCAAGAGAUUAUUGAUUGUGCGAGUGAAAUUCAAAAACAGAUUAUAAAAGCCAAUCCAUUAUUAUCGGAAGCGAGCACAUCGAUUCCUACACUGCACGUGACAUUGAUGGUAUUUGCAUUGAAAACAGACGAAGAUAGACAGAGGUUAGUCAAAUAA